GCUCCGGGGGCGGGUGGGAUGUGGCAGCUGAGUGCUGUGGACCCUGGGGAAAAAUCCCUUGCGGGUGGCAGGAAGGAAUUAGCCUUAUGAUACUGACUGAUACUGACCGACUGUGAACCUGACUCAAAGCGCUCCCCGGCCUUGGGUCUGCAGUGAGAAGCCAAGUUUAGGAGCCAGAAGGACUAGGCCUAAGUCUCAAUGCCUCUGGAACAAAGUGGCUUUGUGUGGCAAGAAGGAGGGAACCCUGGGGUAGGAGUCCUACCUGGAAGAACAGCCUAUCUGACAGGAGCUGCUCUGACCAGAGCUUUGGACCAGAUGCAGGAGAACCCAGAAAGAAGCGGGUCCUGAUUUACUCCCCCCAGAAGCAGUUCUUAGGCACCUUGUCCAGAGAGAGCCAGACUUGGUGAUGUCGCCAUAUCCAGAAGCCAUCACAGUCUGUGUGACAGUGGGAACAUUGGACCAGCUUGCAGAAGGUGGUUAUCUUUCACAGUUCUCUACACUCUCCCAAGAACAGCAGAAAAUGAACAUACCUCAAGCAUUGGUGUCAUUCAAGGAUGUGACUGUGGAGUUCACCCAGGAGGAGUGGCAGCAAAUGGGUCCUCUUCAAAGGACCCUGUACAGAGAUGUCAUGCUGGAGAACUACAACAACCUAGUCUCAGUGGGAAAUUGCAUUUUUAAACCAGAGGUCAUCUUCAAGUUGGAACAAGGAGAAGAACCUUGGUUCUUAGAGGAAGAAUUCUCAAACCAGAGUCACCAUGAAUAUUACAGAGAUGAUUACCUGAUCAAGAGGAAAAAAAUCAAACACUUUCAGCAAGUAACAUUGAUCAAUAAUAAACCUUUGACUGGAGAGGAGGAGGAAGUUUUGGGAAAACCAGUUAAUCUGUACAUAGCUCCUGUUUUUUCAACAAAAAUGUCCUGUAAAUAUGACUCAGGGGGAUUGAAUUUGCAUAAUAUUUCUCAAUUUAUCAUUAAUAGAACCCAUUCAAUAAAAAAAAACAGGUUUCUGUGAUGUCUGUGAAAAUUUGCCUUUCAAAAUUAACUUUGAAAGAACUCAUACUGGAGAGAAAUUUUAUGAAUAUAACAAAAAUGGGAAAGCCUUCAGUUACAAGGAAAAUCUUCCUGAGCAUCAAAAGUGCCAAACUUUCAAGCAAGCUUUUGAAUGCACUGAAACUGAAAAACUUUAUGAUGAUGGCGCCUGUGUUACAGAUGAGAUUACUCACACAGGAGAAAAAUCCCGUAAAGAUGAAUUUAGGAAAAACUGUGACAUGAUGAGUCUCUUUGACCAAGAAAUAACUGCGAUGGGAGAGAAACACUCUAAUCUUAAGCAGUGUGGGAAAUCCUUCUCUGAGAAGUCACCUGUCAAGGAAUACAAUACAUUUAAUAUCACUGUGAAACACUAUGAAUGUAAUGCCAGUAGGAAUAACUUCAACAGGAGGUCUCAUCUCACUGAGCCUCAGAGAAUUGUUACAGAAGAGAAUGCAUUGGUAUGUAAUGACAAAACACAAACUGGGGAUAAAACCUUUGAAUAUCAUGAAAAUAGGAAAUUAGCCCACAGAGUACACCAGAGAACUCACUCUCAGGUAAAACCCUAUAAAUGCGAUGAAUGUGAGAAAUCCUUCUGCCAAAAAGGACAUCUCAUUCAACAUCAGAGAACCCACACAGGAGAGAAACCCUUUGAAUGUAAUGAAUGUGGAAAAACUUUCUCCCAGAAGUCACAUCUCAGCACGCAUCAGAGAAUUCACUCAGCAGAGAAACCCUAUAAAUGUAAAGAAUGUGGGAAAACAUUUGUGCAGAAAUCAACUCUCAGGGGACAUCAGAGAAUCCAUACAGGAGAGAAGCCCUAUGAAUGUAGUGAGUGUGGGAAAACUUUUGUUCAAAAGUCAACCCUCAGAGACCAUCAUAGAAUUCACACAGGGGAGAAAUCAUUUCAGUGUAAUGAAUGUGGGAAAACUUUUGGCCAGAAAUCAAACCUCAGAAUACAUCAGAGAACUCAUGGUGGUGAGAAAACUUAUCAAUGUAAUGAAUGUGAAAAAUCCUUCUGGCGAAAAGACCAUCUCAUCCAACAUCAGAAAACACACACAGGAGAAAAACCAUUUAAAUGUAAUGAAUGUGAGAAAACUUUUGCCAGGACAUCAACUCUCAGAGUUCAUCAGAGAAUUCACACUGGGGAGAAACCAUUUAAAUGUAAUGAAUGUGGGAAAAAAUUUGUCAGGAAGGCAAUCCUUAGUGAUCAUCAGAGAAUUCAUACAGGGGAGAAACCCUUUAUAUGUAAUAAGUGUGGGAAAACUUUUGGCCAGAAAUCAAACCUCAGAGUACAUCAGAGAACUCACAGUGGGGAGCAAUCUUAUGAAUGUAAUGAAUAUGGAAAAUUGUGUAAGAAGUCAACCCUAAAUGUAUGCCAGAGAAUUCAGAGAGGGAGAAAACCCUAUUGAUACAAUAACUGUGAAAAAUCCUGGCUAAAAGACCAACCCAUUUGACCUCAGAAAAUUCUAACAGGAGAAAAACCAUAUAAAUAUAAAUGCAGGAAGAAUUUUGUCCAAAAGGUAACCUAGAGAGUAUUCAGAGAAUUCACAUAGGCUGCUAUUUCUUUCAAGCUAAUGUGGAAAGCCCUUUGAAUGAAAUCAUGCCCUAUCGGAUAACUCUCACACAUCACACAGGCUGAUAAUCUUUUCACUAGUAAGAAUAUCAUUUUUCCUCUGGGCACAUAGCUAAUAUAAAUUUCCCAGUCUCCCUUUCAUCUAAGUGGGACUUUGUGACUGGCUAAUUGAACAUGGAUGCUCAUGUUGUAUGCCACAUAUAGUUCUGACAAAGGACUUCUCCAACAAACUAUCAGGCUACUGUAAGGGUGAAAUGGAGAGGACUUCCAGGACAACCUUGGGUGCCAUGGUUUAACAUGGCACACAGCCCAAGACAAGAGCCAAAACAAUGUGGAUCAAAAUUCUCUUCCAUAUCUUUUCAUUUGAACAUUUUGUGAGCAAGACUGAAGCUUGUGUUCUGUUGAGCUCUUACAUAUUUGGGGUCUGUUUCUGCACAUAAUUUAGCCAUCCCACUACUAGAGAGGCAGAAUAUUACUGUGUAAGUUAAGCUUACAUCAGCCCCAGGGUACAAACCUUGUUAUAGGGUUGAUACGUCAAGGAGUCAGUCCCUCAGAGAUCAUCAGAGAAUUUACACAAAAGACCUCCUCUCAAUAUAAUGAAGUAGAUUGUAUCACCUGAUACUGGGCUUUGAACCAAAAAGUUGAAAGUUUUUUAUUUUUUAUUUUAUUUUAAUUGUUCAAGUACAGUUGGGAGGUUUUUUUUUUUAAAUUGGAUGAACUGAUGAGCAGCUAUCAUGCAACUAAAAUAAAUGUGGCUUGUUUAAUGUCAUGAAGCCACUCUCCCAUCAUACCUCCUGGCACUUUCAUAUACCCCAACCUCAGCUGCUUUAAGGAGAAAGAGGUUUUCCUAUCUCCAAAGGGGACCUAAAGUCUUUGGCAUACAUCCAAGUGUUCUGGGAACUUUGAGGGAGGGGAAGAACUCAGUUUUUUAUGGUCCUAUAGGAUACAGAUACCAGUUCCCAUAGAGGCAAGGGAUACCUAGAUUUAGAUAAUGUUGCUAGGUUACAAUUUACAGUAGGGAAGGGAAAUGAAUGAAACAUUAUCAAUAAAUGGGGCCAUUUGUACCAGUGCAAUAUACUGUGGUUACUUGUACAUCUGGAAGUGCAUUAGAAAUUAAUAUGUUGUGCUCCCUGUUCUCAUUAGUCACAAAAUUCUCCCAGUCAGGAAGUAAAGAAGAUACCUUUGAGUCCCACAGGCCUCAAUGACCAUUUGGGCUUCAAGACUGACUGAUUUUGUUGAUUCAAACUUCUGACAAAAGGAGGCACCCUUGGGGUGAGGGGGUAGUUUGACUUUAUGCCCGGACAAUGCUACCAAGGGUACCCUUUAUGUAUGCAGCCAUUAGCUUACUCUUGAGUUCUUUUACAUUGGAUACCUGAUUUGCAGAGGCCUUGACUUGAUUUGGGGGUGUGUCAUCUUAGGCUUACUAACAAGAUGGAAAGGACUUAACAACCCUACUGUGAAAUGACAUGGUGUAUUCAAGAACACAGCUGUCCUGACCCAGCAGUAUCAGCUGUAUAUGAAAUAGUAGCUAUUCCUUAGAGAGGAGAUUUAUCCCCACUUUGCUGCCUGGAGCAAACCUGCUGGCACAGUAAGGCCCUAAAUUCAUAGAGAUUACUCAAAGUAGGCCUUGCUUCACUAAUGGUUUGACUAGUUGAAAUCACUCCGAUCCUAUGAUUCUUCAACCUCUGCAAUUAUGCAGACCCAAAACUUAAUGUGUUCUCAACUAUAGCCAAUAUUCCCUUUGAUAAAA